AUGAAGAACGUCUACUGCGAGGACGGAGGAGUACAACUUGAAGGCUCCCAAAUCGUGGAAACUUCGUCAUGCGUAUACCUCGGACGUUCUAUGAACAUGGAAAACGGCAUGAAAGAAGAACUGAAUAGAAGAAUGAGAGCAGCAGAGGCAGCAUUCACAGCCGUCAGGGAAGCUACGGACCAAGUGACGGACCAAGAUCUUCGUGCCCAUCUGUUCGACUCGACCAUUCUUCCAGCACUCUGUUACGCAGCGGAGAAGUGGGCAGACACCGCGGCCACGUCCAGGAAGCUACUUACUACCCACAGAGGCCUUGAGAGAUGUCUCCUGAAGUUUAACCGGCGCACACAACACCUUGCCGGUCUUCGUAGCUCCGACUUAAGAGGAAUGUCUCGCCUUCGCGACCCAGCGGAAUGUAUAUCGAAAGCAGAACAUAGAUGGGCCGGUCACAUCAUGAGAAGAAUCGACGAUAGAUGGACUAAAAGAACGCUAGAGUGGAUCCCAAGAGAUGCUAAACGCCCUCGAGGGAGACCGCCAACGAGAUGGGAUGACCUGUUCGCUACACGCUACGGAUGGACCAGCUGA